UGAACAUGGCAAAACUUGGUGGUUAUCGAUUCUUUGCCGUGACCGAUUUUCGAGAAUGUUGGGCUGGAGAACUAACAUCAGAUUAUUUUGUCAGCCAUGCUAAAACUAACGAAUGCUGGGGAGCGAGACCGAACUAUAAAGAAUGUAACGAUGAUGCAGAAACAAAAUGCGUCGGCCGUCCUUAUCACAAUUACAUUUAUGAAAUUAUUUCAGGUAUAUGAGUAACAUGUUUCUGAUUUUUUUCCUUUUAGUGAGUUUAACAUGCUAAAUAGCCCAUUUGCCUAUACUGUUCCACACUUGGUUAACACAUUUAUGAAUUUCAUUUUAAUUAUAUUCACUCUUCGCCUGACUAUACAGUGUGUCCCAAAAAAGUCUACGCUUUGAAGUCAAGCGCUAGUGUCGCAUGUUCGAAUUUGAAUGCUUUAACUCCCUAAUGAGCCCUGGAAUGCGUAAAACGUUAUACAUGUGUAUUCAUGCAUUCCAUUCUGUGUUAUUCUAGCCGAACAAAUUUCAAAGAAUUUGCAAUGCAUGCACAAAAAUGCUCUGCUAUAACGUUUUACGCAUUCCAGGGCUUAUUAGGGAGAUAAAGCAUUCAAAUUCGAACAUGCGGCUUGACUUCAAAGGGUAGCUUUUUUUUGUGACACUGUAUAUGCGCACGUAAUUAAGCUGGCUCGCUACAGUUUAUAGAAAUGUUGAAAAUGCGUAAACUAGAUCACCUUUUUGAAGAGAUGAUGCUCUUUACAAAUCGAAAUUUGUAUAUUUAUAUACAGUGACAAUCAAACAGUCAAAAAUUGCUCAGAAAAGUGACGUCACCACUGUUGCUAUGGUAACAAUGACGAUUGAAGAUGGCCAAUAUUUUGGCUUUGAACGCAUUUUAGUUUAAAAUAUGGUCUGUUACCCCCAUUUUUUAUUUCAGAAAACAUUUUCUUAUAGUACAAUACACUAUCUGACCAAUUUUAAAAAAUUCUGUAAUGCCAAAUUUUUUAAAAAGUUAUAAACAUGGUUUUUCGAAAUAAUUUUUUUUUAAAUUGGUCAGAUGGUGCAUUGUACUAUAAGAAAAUGUUUUCUAAAAUAAAAAAUGGAGUAACAGACCUUCUUUAGAAGUAAAAUGCGUUCAAACCAAAAUAUCGGUCAUCUUGAAUCGUCAUUGUUGCCAUAGCAACAGUGGGGACGUCACUUUUCUGACCAAUUUUCGACUAUUUGAUUGUCGCUGUAUAUAAAAUUAACAAAUUUCGAUUUGUAAAGGGCAUCAUCUCUUCAAAAAGGUGAUCUAGUUUACGCAUUUUCAACAUUUCUAUAAACUGUAGCGAGCCACCUUAAGACAUGGGCAAUCACCACAUUCAACAAGAUCCUUUUCAACUAUAGUCAUUCGUCAAGCCAAAGUUUGGUUAGUUGAUAUACAUCUAGAAGGUUGUUCACAUUAGCCGGGACAUCUUUUUUCCGAUCAUAAACGAUCGUUUGAAAGAAAUUUACUGUUACAAUUAAGAAUCGAACUGGGAAGAAAUCGGAGUACCCGGAGAAAACCUCUGAUCUUCGGCUGAGGGUUAACUGACUCUUUUCACAUGCGUAACUCCGCAGCAAGAAUUUCACGUAAUAUUCUCGGAGAUGAAAGGCGCAACCUCUGACAACUACUGUACACCACCGAAUCUCCCCUCUAGGAUACGCGAGGACUAAAUAAAUUUAAAAAUACAUGGUCAAUAAAUUAAUAUCAAUAUAUCCAUGCGUUUGAUUGCAGCAAAUCAAUUUUAUGUGUAAACAAACCAUGCUCAAUGGAAAAUCGCAAUUUUUGAAACUCAUCCCGAGAUAUAGAAUUAAUCAGCUCUAAAAUUUCGGCAUUUUCUUGAUUUUUGGUCUCUUAAUUUUCGAGAGCUAAUUUAACUCCGGUGGAAUUAUUUUCAUUUUUGAACCUAAUUUUAAUCCUAAUUAUCCUCCACAUACUGUACCUCCAUCGGAGUUAAAAUUAACUCUUUGAAAUUAGCAGUGUAGCUUGGCGCUAUUCUGCAGGCGUGUUCCCCGUGACGUAUAAGUCUGCUUUUCUAUACUAUAAUUAAUAUUUCAUAAUAUGCAUGUUACUUUAUUACCCUGAAUGCAACGUUCGAAUGGUUUUUGCUUGCGCGAGGGUUGAUUUGCAUUUGGUCCAACAUUAACAAAUAGUUUGUUUGUAAUAUAUAGUAAGAUCGACUUUAGUCACAACCAGCUAGCACAUUCACUGAUCUGAUUUUAGACUUUUCACGAACUAAAUAUACAUCUUUUUGUCCCAAUAGGUGUUUAUCGAUCAACUACAGAAAGUAUAUUAGUUGGGCAGAUAGAAGGAAAAAAACUUACUAUAUCGUGGGACAAUUCCAUUUUGCCUUCAUAUUGUGCCCUGGAGUCUAGUAAGUACGUUUCUGUAUGUUGGCCGCGUUAAAAUUUCUUGUGGACUCCUGCCGAUACGUUUUUCUUCGAAUUUUGUAUUAAACUCUAUUAUAGCUAACAAUUUAAUAUUACAAUUAGAAAAUGUGAAAUUUCAAAUACAUGUCUAACACAAAUGACUUACAUCAUUUGAAAGCUUCCAAAAAACUACACUUAAACUUAAACUUAAACGGUUACCCUAGUUUUUCAAGUUCUUCUUGAGUUAUGAGCUGUUGAAUGUGUGUGUUUCAGACUAGUACCCAGGAAUUUUGCCAGAUUUUGGCUUAUUUUUCACAUUUGAAACGGAAAAAACUCGAAAACCGCUUGAAAAUCCCAACUAACCAUUUAAAUGCCUUAUAUGUAGUUUUGUAUUAGCUUUCUAUUGAUGCAAGUCAUUUGUAUUAGAAUUGUAUCAGCAAUUUUACACUUUUUAACUGUAAUAGAGUUUAAUACUAGAAAAUACAUGCAUGCAGAAACCCUCGCCUUGCUGACAAAACCAUUGUAUUUUCCGAACAUGAAGUAUCUGAAGUAGUUGUCAUGGUAACACGAUAAUUUUUUAAGAAUAUUCUUACAAAUAAAAAUCGCCUAAAAAAUAUCACUUUUAAUUACAAAAUUAUUAAUUUCCCAACAUAUAUAUGUUAGGUAUGUUAUUAUACGUAAUAUAAGCCUCAAUUUAAGGUGGCUCGAUACAGUUUUCGAAAAUUCAGGUGUUUAACACUUUGACAUGUUCAAACUACGUAUUUUUAGGAUUUAUUCAACAGAUAUUGUUUUUUUUAUAUAUUUUGGUAACUUUACUUUCAAAUUAUAUUAGUUUUAGUAACAGAUAGUUCGUUGCUAUGACGACAUACGUGUACGAAAUUCACUCCAAAAUGGCCUAUCGUCUCGUAUAGUUGGAAAAAAAGCAUGGUGACCCCCAAUUUUUUUUCGUGCAUUAUGUUACUUCGACGAAAAGCUAACAUUUAGCAAAAUAUAAAAAAAUUCUGUAAUGCCAUUUUUUUGGAAAAUGCGAAAAUGUCAUAUUCUUCAAUAACAUUUUUUUGGCAUUACAGAAUUUUUUUAUUUUUUGUAUAAUGAAAGUUUUUAGCGGUGCAAUAGAGCAUGCAAAAUUUGAACAUAGGUCACCAGACAAAAUAAAGAGAUAUAGCGCAUUGUUUUUCUAAAAUGGAAAAUUCUAAUGACGUCAGCAAUUGUCAUAAAACGCUAUAGAACACACGCAAUGGCGUGAUAUGGCGCAAGCAACUGCUCACGUCAGGUCAUUUUGGAAGUUCUUUCAUUUUGUUAAUCAGUUUCCGCGACCCGCGCGUAAAAAUGGUUACCUGGUUUUGAGUUCGCGAUUCUUGAGCAGGGUUUUUGUGAUAACUAUAUCGAGCCACCUUAAGGUAAAAUUCAACCACAAACGCUUCGCAAAACGUUUUAAAGUCACUAGUGUUCUUUUAAUAUAAAACGAAACUGCCUUUUAAAAUGGCUUUAUCGAUAAACUUUGAGUUUGCAAUAAAAUAAUUUCAAAUUCUCACUUGCAAAUAACUCUGCUUUCUUUUUAUUUAAAAAAUUCAAUAUCAUAAAAAAGGGAAUCAAUAUUACUAAAGAUACACUGAAAUUACAUGCUGUCUUGUUUAGUUGUUUCAGGGUUUUAAAUUAAAGCCAUUAGGUAUUAUAAAAUCAAUAUUUAAAACAAACUUACCUUCGUUAACGUCGGCUCACUUCUUUUUGCCGAUUCUUUCGCCCUUUCUUUCUUGAAAUUUACAAAAUCUUGCAAAAAUGCCAGGAAAAAUUAAAUAUAUUUGCAAGAAAUUUAGAAAUCAUCAAAUCAAGAAAUGUUUGCUAUUUCGCUGUCGUCAUGCAGUCGUUAUAAUGCAAACUUUAAAUUGGACCAAUCAGUUUUCGCUAUUCAUGACAGUCCGCCACAUAUUUUGAGAUCAGUGAGGAUGACCACCCACCGAAACAUCGUUGGUGAGCCACGCCCGCGAUAUUUGAUGAACUUUAGACUUCGCUAAUGCUUUCGUUUCCCCGGGUGUAAAUAGCCGGGGGGAAUUAGUACCCUCGCACGGCGCUUCGCGCCGUCGGCUCGGGGACAACAUUCGAGGGAAAACGUGUCGGCAGGAGCCCACAAGAAAUUUUAACGCGGCUAACAUACAGAAACGUACUUACUAGCCUUCAGGGUACAAUUUGAAGGCAGAAUGAAAUUGUCCCACGAUAAAGUAAGUUUUCCAUAAUUUUGAUCCUCUAUCUGCCUGACUAUAAUAAUAUUUAUAAUGCGUUUUUCAAAAUUAUGUUAAUUCCCAAUUCCUAUUUUCCGUCUUUACAGAAUGAAAUUCCAUGGACCGUAAAGCGCAGUAAUUUAUUAGAAGAUGAACAUAUAUAAGUACUUAAAGUCUAGUUCCUGAGGAUGUAGUUGAUGUUAAGCAAUGAAGACA